AAUUUCACAACACUACUUCCGCUACGGUAUCCGACCUGCCGACGUCCAUUUUGCUCGCUUGUUGGUGCGAGCGUCCCUGAUUUAUGAGACGUCUUUAUAGCCGCCUGCUUAUCGAAGUUUGAAUAAUGGAGGGAGCACCAGGAGGUGGUAGAGGUAGUUUUCGAGGCCGUGGAGGCCCAGGUGGAGUAAUGAGGGGACGCGGCGGUUUUGGAGAGAGAGGAAGAGGUGGUCCUCCUCGAGGUGGUAGCAUGAUGCGUGGCGGACGAGGUAAUGGACCUGGCGGGAGAGGAGGUCCACCCAUGAGAGGCCGAGGUGGCCCUCCUGGCAGGGGUGGACGAGGUGGACAUUUUCCUCCAGGACCACCAGAAGCAGGUAUGUCUAGUGGACCUGGAGGUGGACCACCACCCCUAGGAAUGGGUGGUCCUCCACGAGGUGGUGGCGGAAGGGGCGGUGGCAGUAAUAGCUUCCGUAGCAGAGGCAGAGGAGACUUCGGCAGGGGAGAUAGCCGUGGAGGUAGCAAUAAUUUCCGAGGUCGUGGCAUGGAUAGAGGUAGAGGAGGAUCCAGAGGAGGGUCAAGCAGAGGUGGACCCAGCCGUGGUGGCUUCGAUCGUGGUGGUCGGGGGACUGGUGGUGGACGUGGUGGGCCUACAAAACGAGGAGGAGGCCCACCUAGCUCGAGUGGACCCUCCAAAAGGCCACGCUUUGAUCAGCCGUCUUCCCAACCAUCUAACGGUUACGCCACUCAACCUCCUAGCCAAGGUUACGGAGGUUCAAGUAACGCUUACAGCAGUCAACAACAACCGCAGCAGCAACAGUCCGUAGGAUACGGUAGCGGUGGCUAUGGCUCACAGCAAGGCUACACACAGUCUUAUCAGGGCUAUGAGAGUUAUCAGCAGCCUCAGGAUUAUGGACAAACGGGUUAUCCACCGUCCGCAGCAGAUAGCAGAUACGGUGGGGCGUCAUCGGUUCCAGCUGCAGGAUUCGGCGCUAACGAUCCGUACAGUUACGGCAAAGCUCCGCCGUCAGCCGAUUACCAGCAGGAGGCAGUGUCAACCGCGGGACCGGGGGGCGGGGCCGGUUAUGUCUCAGCUAAUCCAUAUGACGACCGAUCUAAUGCCAACAUAAUCAACCGGGGUUAUUCGACGCAACCUUAUGAUUAUCCGAGUCAGGACGGUGUUUAUGGGAAACAGGACUAUGCACGAGAAACAGAGAAAAAGUGGACGAGAAACACGCAAAAACCAGCAACUGCCCUAGGAAGACAAGCUAAUCAAAAAGACUGAAUAUGGGCGAAUAAGUAUGAUAAUUAGACGAAAGAUUAUCUCGGUAAUAUAGUAACAAAAAGUAGGUAUAUAUGUGAACAUUAUUAGGAAACAUGGUAGAUUAAAUGCCAUUUCCGACCGAGCCAUUCUUUCGUCUAUGAAUUCUUCGACCGUUUGCAGUCGAUUUUUUCUUUAACAAAGGUAUCAAAGCAUUGUUAGAUUGUAAGCAGUCUAGAAUGAAAGAUUUCUCAGGAAGAGUAAAUCUUGAAGACGUGGCGAGAAUAGAUAGCGAAAUUUUAAUUAUUUUGUAAGAGUUGAAAAUUAAUUAGAGAUAUAUUCACUGUUAAAAAUUGUGGAACUACGACAAUGAUCUCUUCGACGUUUUCAGUAAGGAAAAAUCGACUCCGAACUGGUAAAAAAAUACAUGGACGAAAGAUGAAGACUCAUUUAAGAAAUCAUAACGUCCAGUUAGAAAUAUUUAGUUAGAAAAAGGUAAAAGUAAAAAUUAGAUAACAUUUGAAGAAAAUUAUGUGAGUUUGUGAAAGUGUAUGUAAGUUUAAAGAUUUUAUUCUAAAGCAUAUAACAAAUUUCACAUAUCUAUUAAUUUCAAAAUAACGUUACUAUUUCAGGAAUAUCUCACCCCUGAGUCAUACGUAAACGUAGCGUUGGAAAUAAUUGACAAGCCCAGAUAUAAGGCCCGACAUCUCUUAUAGUUUCUAAAAGUUCAAUCAUUAUUAGUACACA